CAAAGACAUCUUCCUUUGUUCCUCUUUUCCUCUUUCUCUUGUUUUAGCAGUGGUAGAAUGGCAAGGGGGAUUCCUGUAUCUGAGUUUAAUCCCAUCCAUGAGAUUCAGUUCGAAGAAGUGUUGGGUCGUUCAGAUGGAUUACCUAAUCCUGCAGGAGAAUUUCAUGUCCAAACUCAAUCUCAAGAUGUGCAACAGACUGAGCAGCAAGGAUUACCCAACUUUCCUCCUAAUUAUUCAUAUGAAAUAGGAGAGUCUUCAUCAUCUAGGAAUGUUAGGGUUGAGUCCUCCAUAGAUCUCAACACUCAACAGUCUCUGCAACAAGGAAUAUCUGAUCUGCACCUUGAUACCUAUGAAACUGGAGAGACUUCAUCAGCAAGGAAUGUUAGGAUGAGAAGGAACAUUGAAGAGUCUCUGAUGGAAUCAGUGUAUCCAACUAGUCCAGUCACUGCAAACCCUUCUCCACCACCACAAGUCACUGGAAACUCUUCCGCGUCAGAGAUUUUCAGAAACUCAGCUUAUGAUCCAUCAUUUGAAAUGCGUGGAUUACCUUUGGAUCCUCAUCUGAGAUUGUUUUUCUUUAACAAUAACCCUGAACAAGCAGCUGCCUGCAAUAGGAACACACUUUAUGAUCCAUCAUUUGAAGAGCGUGGAUUACCUUUGGAUCCACACUUGAGAUGUUUUGCCUUGGAAUUGGCAAAAAAGAAUGGUGGUAAUGACGAUAAGCUGGAUUUGAAUUGAUGGCUAGGAAGGAAUUCACAAUUGGCAGGAAGCAUGGAUUCAUAUAUUUGUGCUUUUUAGUCAUGAAAACUUAGACAAUAUUAUGGUAUUUGUAAGAUUUCAAAUAAGCCUUUCAGACAUCUUACUCAAAGGCAUUUAGAUAUUUUUCUUUAUUAUUUAAGUUUCUGGAUUGGUUUUAUAUGGUUGGUUUUGCUUUUGAACCUAUAUUUGAACCUUUUAUAUGCUCUAUUAAUAAAUAUAUACAUUGAUAAA